AUGUGGAUGGGUUCGCCUUGCCCGUCGCACGUGAUCCGAGCCUCGAAAAUUCCCCCCCACAACCUCGAACAUUUUCUGGACUUGCGUGCCACAGUCCAACUCCCGCCAACACCACAGGAGCAAGUCAAGAUGCCUCCCCGCGCGUAUUCGAAGACCUCCCGUGUCCCCCGCAGACCCUUCGAGGCUGCCCGACUUGACUCCGAGCUGAAGCUCGUUGGCGAGUAUGGCCUGCGCAACAAGCGUGAGGUCUGGCGAGUCGGUCUGACUCUGUCCAAGAUCCGUCGUGCUGCCCGUCAGCUCCUCACCCUCGACGAGAAGGACCCCAAGCGCCUCUUCGAGGGCAAUGCCCUCAUUCGCCGUCUCGUCCGCGUCGGUGUCCUCGACGAGUCGCGCAUGAAGCUCGAUUACGUCCUGGCCCUCAAGAUUGAGGAUUUCCUGGAGCGUCGCCUGCAGACCUGCGUCUACAAGCUCGGUCUUGCCAAGUCGAUCCACCACGCUCGUGUUCUGAUCCGCCAGCGCCACAUCCGCGUCGGCAAGCAGAUCGUCAACGUUCCCUCUUUCAUCGUCCGUCUUGACUCCCAGAAGCACAUCGAUUUCGCCCUGAACUCGCCCUUCGGCAGCGGCCGCCCCGGUCGCGUCCGCAGAAAGAAGGCCAAGGCUGCUGAGGGUGCUGGUGAGGGUGAGGAGGAGGAGGAUGACGAGUAAACUCAUCGGCUAUGUCACCAUGGUUUUCCCAUGUAUCUUGGGCACGUGGUUCCGGGCUACCACCUACGGGAAGGGAUCUCUAGUCAUAGCUUGCGGCGUUGGCCAGUGGUUAAAAAUGGAAUGAUUUCACGGUCAACUCCACGUGCGUUGGACCCUGCCAUACUCGAAGACCCUUCUAUGAUGUAUAUGUAUGUCACUGAAUGAAUGUCACGGCGAAUUGGUCCU